UAUCAAGAUUGUGUCUGAUGCUCGUUAGAGCUACAAAUGUAGCAAAUAUCGAGGAGAGGGAGCUGCCCCCUUCAAAUGAUUGGAGGAAAGAGGUGCCACGUGCAUCGAAUGCACUUUGACCAAAUCUUGAAUCCCAACUUGACCCUCAUAUUUUGUUUUUAGCCAAUAUAGUGUACCUACAGUGCACAUCACUAGCGCCCGUUUCUCAAGACACAUUGCUGUGCUGUAGGUGUGAGAAGAAAAGGACAAGAUGGCCCUGAGCGGCUUUGACAUCGAUGCCCCGCGCUGGGAUCAGACCACCUUCAUGGGGCGGGUCAAGCACUUCUUCAACAUCACUGACUCCAGGACAGCGCUGCUGCCGGACUCCAGGCUAGACGAGGCCAAGGCACUGGUGGAGAGCUGCAGGGCUGGGUCCAUUCCCCCCGGUACUACAGAAGAACAACUGCACUACGCCAAGAAGCUUUACGAUUCCGCGUUCCACCCAGACACGGGCGAUAGGAUGAACCUGAUUGGCCGGAUGUCUUUCCAGGUGCCUGGAGGCAUGGCCAUCACGGGCGCUAUGUUGCAGUUUUACAGGACGGUGCCGGCGGUGGUGUUCUGGCAGUGGGUGAACCAGUCCUUCAACGCCCUGGUCAACUACACCAACCGAAACGCCGCCUCUCCCAUCACCUCAAAACAGAUUGGAGUGGCUUAUUUUACUGCCACCAGUACUGCUCUGGUCACUGCUGUGGGCCUCAACCUCUACACAAAGAAAGCACCCCCCCUGGUGGCGCGUUGGGUGCCCUUCGUCGCCGUGGCAUCGGCUAACUGCGUGAACAUCCCCAUGAUGAGACAACAGGAGAUCCUCAAUGGCAUCGCUGUCACUGACGAGAAUGGGAACAAGCUGGGCCAUUCCAGGAAAGCAGCAGCGAAGGGCAUCACACAAGUGGUGCUCUCUCGUGUCACCAUGGCAGCGCCAGGCAUGAUCAUCCUGCCCAUAAUCAUGCAGAGGUUGGAGAAGUACAGGUUCAUGCAGAAAAUCACCUUCCUUCAUUGUCCAAUGCAAGUCAUGAUGGUCGGAAUGUUCCUGGUCUUCAUGGUCCCUGUAGCCUGUUCCCUCUUCCCUCAGCAAUGCUCUAUGGCAGUGUCCAAGCUGGAGCCUGAGCUGAGAGAGUCCAUCGUCUCAAAGUACGGAGACAAGGUCCAGUACGUGUACUUCAACAAGGGCCUCUGAGCGUCCACCCGCUCCCAGCGCCAGCAGGCCCAGAGCCGGGCCAGGGUGGGCCCGCACCCACGGAGGGAUUCUGGGACUGUGUGAAAGCGGUGUAGCCAUGGUCCUUCCAGAUAAGAGAUCUGUUAAUGGAGGCUGGAGAAAAUCUGAAUGGUGGAUGGAAUACACACACACACACACACACACACACACCACAUUUUUUAAAAUGUUUUACAUGACAGUGGUUUUGGGGGUAAAGGUUGUAUGGUGGUAAUACGGUCUCUGUCACAUGAAAUCUUAUUGUCAGCUUUAUCUCUGUUUGUUCUACAGUCCGUUUGUAUUGUUGGUUUUGUUAUGUGUCCUUGUCUUAAGGUGUAAAGAGGUCAAUGGCGAUGUGUAGUAUACCAGGCAUACCUCAUAAAAUGGACCCCAUGUUUGGGCAUUUGACACCCCCUCUAGUGGUGAUGAAGAGGCCCUGCAAGUAUUGCAAACAGUCAAGUCUACACCGACAUGAAAGCCAAACAUUGCCUUCAAAACCUCUCAGGUACCUGUGAAAUAGCUUUACAGUCAGCUUACUGGAGACUGUUACUGAAUGAUCAUGAGCUAGGGGCAAACCUGACCAAAAUAAGUCACAAUGUUUUGCCUAUGAAUUUCCCUAUGUGUUGCCUACAUCAAGUUUAAUGUGUUACUGUGAGUCAGCUGUGGCCAUAUGAUGUGCCCUUGUUACAGUUUAAAGGACUAAUAUCCCAAGGCCUUAAGCAACCCGAGUCGGAGCCCAUACCUGGGCCCUGACUUAGGAAGCCAACGAACCCCCUGAGGCAGAGCCACUUGUUUUGAGAGUUUAGAGGAAAUUAGAAGCUGAUAAGUGUUCAGGAAGCCAUUCUCACAACGUGCCAGGGAAUUUCACUUUCUCUCGAGCUGUUAUGCAUCUAAAGUCCGUAUUUACAGCUAGACCAAAUGGUUGGAUAGCCGAUGAUUCAGACUCGAUCCCAAACCAUUUUUUUUUAAACUGUGAAUAUAAAGGUGCAAGUACACACAUUCAUAAGUUGAGUCUAUGCAGAGGAAUAUACAGAAAUGAAUAUCGUCAUGUCGUACAUGAACAGAGUAUUAUUGUGAACAUCAAAUAUGUUUGAGGACUGUGGAAUAAAGAAAAGCAUUUUGUUGUA